CCAUUGACACAGGAUAUGAAAUUGCAGAGGCUCCUUGAUCCCAUCAGUGUGAUGACCUAUGACUUCCAUGGUGGCUGGGGACCAUGUAUAGGACACAAUAUUUUCCUGCAUGUAGGAAACAAGGAUGGAGGUGACAUGUGUUAUUGCAACUGUGAAUAUGCCAUGAAGUCCUGGAUAGACAGUGGGGUCCCUUCAGAGAAGCUCAUCAUGUGUUUCCCCACCUAUGGGAGGACUUUCCGGCUCAGCACUUCUGACACCUCAGUCUGUGCCUACUCUCUGGAGCAGGUUCAUCUGGUCCUUACACAGAUCUGCAUAUUCCUAAAUAAAGCCACAAAUGUCUGGACUGAAGGCCAAAAAGUCCUAUAUGCUUAUAAAAACACUGAAUGGUUUGGUUAUGACAAUAUUGAGAGCUAUGGAUAUAAGGGAUGA